AAACAUAAAUAAUCGUUAACAUAUUUCCUCUCCGAAGAUGUGAACAUGGUGCGCUGUCGAUAUUUGGCGAUCGAUUAUGAAUCAGAUUUCGCUCAGAAACGAAGGGGUUUGCGUAAUAGACUGACCAUUACAAAUAUCAGUUCUCCAACAGAGGAUAUUCGGAGACGAAAAGAUAUAUUUAGCCACAGAACGCCAUGGAUUGGUGUAUCAAAGGAAACAGAAUCAAGUUCUUCAAGAAAUGAACUUAAAUUAUUACUAAGUCGUUGUGAAUCACUGAAUGCUACUGAUAUCGAAUUCGAACCUCUCAUGCAGGGUAAAACAAGUUAUGAUGUUUCUGAACUCAAGGCAUUCACAGAAUCUGAUAAAGAUGCAAACGCAACAGAUUCUAAACUCUUUGAAGAGAUUGAAGGACUUGAAUCUAUUAAAGUUUCGCAACCAUCUAUUUCGCGAUUGUUGAGAAAGCAUAGCAAUUUGGUGUUAUCUGAUCCGUAUGCGGAAAUCGCUAAUGUUUACAAGAAAUAUGAAAAAUUAGAUAUCAGUAAAAUUCAAAAAUUUAAUCUGGAUGACGAUCCAACUUUUGAAAUCAUGGAGGCAACAAGCUCAAAAUGUUCACUGGAUUUUGACGAAAAAUUGAAUUAUGAAGUAGACAAUGAUUUUCUUGAUGAAAUCAAAGAAACACAUGAGGGACAAAAACCAGAUAUUGACAACACCGAUCUAGAAAAAAUUAAAGUUGUCGAAUCAUCUUCUGUUAAAGGAGACUUUGGAUCAUAUGUAUCAAUGACAACAAAACAUUUUGAAAAUGAUGAAGUUUUAAGCACCUUGCCAAAAUCUAUAAAUAGUGAUGAAAUAAAAAUAUUGCAAGUUGAUCAAGUACUGGAAAGAUCAUCCUUGGAACUAGAGGUACCUUCUAAUUCUGACCCGGUGUACAAGAUUGACCUUAUUAGAGAAGCAUUAGAAAAUUUUGAUAUGAAGAAAAUCAACCUUAUAAAGAUAUCACAUGAAGAUUUUCACAGAAUAACAAAAUGCACCGAUAUUGAAAAUAUAUUUGUAAAUGGAAUGGAGAGAGAAGAUUGGAAUACUGCUCGUGUUUCACAUCUCUUAUUAUCAGAGACAGCACUAAAAGAAGCAAAUUUGCCAGAAAUAGAUGCUACGGAAUCAACAAAAUGUUCAGAUCUCUGCCGACCUCAGUCAAGACUUUCUACUAGUGAUAUUGAGUUGGCAUUACAUUGGAGCUUCACUACACAUGUUAAAGGCUUGAUAACCAAAUUGCAAAGACUGGAAAAACUUAAUGUUGAGAUAUUGCAACGAAGACCUACGGAAUUUAAUAACAGAAAUUCAUAUUGUACUGAUGCUGAAGUUUUUGAGGAACUUGUUCCAGUGAUUGAGGAAAAUACAGGUAAAAGAAAAAUUUGUGAAAUACAGGAAAGUGCUUCAUAUGAAAAUGAUGAAUUUUCUUUGGAUUCUUUCUUACAAAUGCGUGGAAAAAUGAUGAAACCUAAAAUACAGAAAUUCAUGAGAGCUGUGGGUAGUAAAAAGGAUAUGCAGGUUGCAGUAGAAACCAUACAUGAUAGUAAGGACUUUUCUUCACUAAAUAGUGUUUCAUCUACUUCAAUACCAACAAUACCAUCCUUUCCACCUGUUGAAGAUUCAAACUACAGAUUGGUCAAAGUAAAUAUCACUGGUGGUAUUUUACGAAUAAUUUUGGAUAUAGAAAGUUAUAUUGAGCCUAUAUUCAAUCAAUUGAAAACGUUUCGAGUUAUACCUGAACAGUGUGAUAUACGAAAUAUUAAUGAAGACAUGUCAAAAUACCUUUUGAAACAAUCAAAAAGAUUUGUCCAGAAUAGCUCUGGUAUGGUACAACAUCCUCAAUAUGUGUUGCUGGUGAUGUUACAUUGUUUCAUUGUAUGUAAAUCAAGACUAGUAAACCUAUCUCCUGCAUCUGGACUUGGUUUUUUGAUCGACUUUUAUCAAAACAACAAAGAAAUGUUGGAAAGCUUGAUACAUCUCAAUGAAUUCAAUGAUUUUAAGUCAAUGUUAUCAUUGAUUCCUCUUGCUAUACAUACAUUAAAGCAAAGUAUAAUGGAAUCACAUCUUAUUCAUCCAAAGAUUGCAGAAUUAGGGAAAAUAAUUUAUGAACGAUUAUAUAAAGAUAGCAGAAGAGAUGGAUCUAUAACUAAGAUUUUGAUACUUUGUGAUACCAAAUGUCAACAUUUAUUUGAUGAAAUAAUUCACACUCUGAUAAAAAAUUGUAGUUCUAAAAUUGGAGUGAAUCCUAUUGCUCUGCCUUCUGGACAACAGUCAUAUACAGUAGAUGAUUUCGUUAAGAACGCUAUUGCCAGUGGAUAUAACAUUGUCAUCAUACCAGUUGCUGCUUUAUCAUCAAGUUUUCCGUGGGAUAAAUUUACUCUUUUGUUGGAAUAUGAGGCUAAAAAAGAUUCACCUUGGAAAAGAAUAUCAAUGGGACUUGGAAUUCGACAUAUUGCUUUAGAAAUCGAAAGAACUGAAUCUCAAUUAGACAUGGAUGGUGACACUGCAAACAAUGAUGAUUGUGACAUCAUAACACUGAUUGGUUCUUCAACAAUAACACAAUGUGGAAAUCUUCUGCAUCUGCUUGAAACAAGACACAACAUUGAAAUAUUGGAACGAGAUUAUGUUGAAUUAAAUAAAAGCAUUUCGCCAAACGAAAACUCGAUAACAGGACAUCCUGAUAUAAUUAUAGAUCAGACAACAUGUAUUAUUGUAGAAACAUUCUCAGCUUUGAGUGGAGAAGAUGGAUCACAACUUCUGCAUAAUAUUAUUUUGAAAAUUUUAGAUUUGAAAACAAGAUUUACUAAACGUUAUGUUAUCAUUGCUGAUCUGUCUGCAAAAAAGUCAGGCUACCCCAUGAGAGGAGAUUUCCCCUUAAAUUUGUCAAAACUCCACACAGCUUUGGAAAACUUUCUUCAACAGGAUUCAGUUUUUGAGAUGAAGUUGUUUUGCUGCUUUGAUGUUGAACAUUUUGCUUAUUUAAUUCAACGUCUUGUUGAAAAUUCAAAGUCAGACAAAUCGAUGAGUAAAGAACCAAGGAUGAAGCGACUGACUAUGUCACAGAGUAGUCAUGAAAAAUUCCUCGUACAAUUUCCAAGUAUUAAUUCUCUUGUUGCACAAAAUAUGUUGUCUAUUGCUUCAUUGAAGGAAAUAGCUUCGAUGAGUAUUUCUGAAUUGCUUGAAAGGUUUUCACACAUUUCAAAAGAAUGUUUACAGGAUUUUUAUUCCAAACUUCAUGCACCAGGACAACCUUUGCCUGCAUUUUAUGAUGAAAUUGAUGUCGAUGUUACACCUGAAUUCAGUUUUAAACUUGAGCAAAGUGAUUCUAUGGCAAUGGGAAAAUCACAAGACGAGUUCCCUGAUUUUGCUGCUUACUUUGGUCGUGAAUAUCAAUCCAAGGAUGGUUCAGAUUGUUCUAGUUCCCAUUUCAGUGAGAGUAGCUGCUUUCAACAAAGUAAUCCAUUUGCUUCUAAUUUCGAUUCUCUUUCUUGCUCGAGUAAAAACGAAUCAAAUCCUUGUAGAAAACGACUUAGAUUUGAGAGAAUCAAAGAGUGGAAAGAUGGUCAGACUAGACUUGCUUAUUACUGAAGAGUAUAUUUGGAAAUUAAGAAAUUUCAGUCAUUUUAUGUUACGAUUAUUUGAAUCUAAAACAGGCGUGGGCAAGGUUUUUGAACCAGGGGCCAAAAAUUGUGCCCACAUAGACUGGCGGGCCAUGUAAGUGUGAGAUAAAAGUUACAUUCUAUGAACAAUAUUUAAAGAGUUACAAAAGCAAAAGUGGAGAACAUUAUGCCUAAAUUUUCUCACAAUCUCAACAAAUUCUUCGAGCUUUUUUUAUCUUGAAAUUUGGUUUUAGUUUGGUUGUGAUAGCAUCAAGCGGGCCAGAUUGAAUUACCCAACGGGCGGGCUGUAGUUUGCCCAUGUCAGGGUUAUGAUGAAAUUGGUCUUCUCUAGUUAAGGACUAGGUAGACCUACUACCGGAAGUUGGUGAUAGAUUCAGGAAUUAGUGUAAUUUCCUAAUUCAUAUUGAUUAGAAUUUCAGACAUGAGUUUGAGUUUAAAUUUCGAGAUAAAGUAACAAAGAGUUAGUUCUGUCACACAUUUUCCCAAUAAGAACAUCAUUUCUGGAGUCAUCGCAUAGUUUUGUAACUAAUCACUUGUGAUUCAGUGUAUUCAUACAUAAUAUGCAUGUUCCAUUUUUCUAACUCGUGACUGUUUGCUGUUUCUACCUUCGAAGAUGUUAUUAUCUAUUCUUUCUUCUGUUCUAAUUUUCUUCAUAUGUUUCUACUAACAUUUUUAGUUUAUUAUUUGUUAAAAAAAAUUAGUUUUCAAAAUGAUAGAUUUUACAAUGCUGUGGUACGUUAUGUAAAAAAAUAAAUGGCAAUGAAAAUGAAAAGCGUAUUUUAUUUUAAUAUUGAGAUAAUUCCAUGCUGAGAGAAAACAUCACAAAAAACAAGUAUGCUGAAAA